AGCUGGGUGCAAACCCUUUGCACCCGGACCGAUCCAACGACUAUAAAGAGGGCCGGCCGUCCUCUAAGCGUUACCACGACUUCAGCAGCCUGAUUGCCUUCUCGUCACUUACUCCGUUAGCUCCAGCUUCACCAGCAGCAGCCUGAUUGCCUUCUCCUCACUUACUCCGUUAGCUCCAGCUUCACCAGAUCUCGGAAUGGACCCCAACUGCUCCUGCUCCACCGGCGGCUCCUGCACUUGCUCCAGCUCCUGCGGCUGCAAGAACUGCAAGUGCACCUCCUGCAAGAAGAGCUGCUGCUCCUGCUGCCCCGUGGGCUGCUCCAAAUGUGCCCAGGGCUGUGUCUGCAAAGGCGCCUCCGACAAAUGCACGUGCUGUGCCUAACGCAAGGGACAGUGCUGCCCCCACGUGUACAUAGUAUCGGACCAACCCAGAGUCUUCCCCUACAGUUCCACCCUGUUUACUAAACCCCGUUUUCUACUGAGUAUGUGAAUAAUAAAAGCCUGUUUGGUUCUAA